AUGUCGAAGGGGUAUAACAGUGAUGUGGAGGCCUUGCGCCUGAAAGAAUAUCCACAUAUGAACGAUGGGGUCUACCUGGACCAUAGCGGAGCGACUAUAUACGCGAAGUCUACUGUCGACUCCUUUUGCGCCAAAAUGGUCACCAACUUAUACGGAAAUCCACACUCGGAGAAUUCUCCAGCCAAGCUUUCCGGGGAUGUCGUUGACCAGGUUCGGGAGAAGACCCUCAACUUCCUCGGCGCAAGUCCCGAGCACUUCGACCUGAUUUUCGUGGCGAACGCCACCGCCGCCAUCAAACUCGUCGCAGACUCUUUCAGGGACCUCUCCGAGAAGACCAGUGACCGGAGGUUCUGGUACGGCUACCACAAAGACGCGCACACGAGCAUUGUCGGGGUGAGGGAACUGACUUAUGGCCAAUCUUACUGCUUCCGGAGUGAUCAGGACGUCGAAAGAUGGCUUCAUUCCCCUGAGACAAGUUUCGUCAACCGCUACCACUCCGGCGGGCUUGGCCUGUUCGCCUACCCCGGACAGUCCAACAUGUCUGGCAGAAGACUGCCCCUAUCGUGGCCAGGCGCAUUACGGCAAUCUGAAUAUUUACAAAACACAUAUACUCUCCUGGACGCUGCCGCGCUGGCCAUGACAUUUCCGAUGGAAACCGUCUUUGAAGAUGUGGACCAGGCGCCAGACUUUACUUGUCUGUCUCUGUACAAAAUCUUUGGGUUUCCAGACAUCGGGGCGUUGAUCGUACGAAAAGAGUCAGGGCACAUUUUGACACUGAGGAAGUAUUUCGGUGGGGGCACGGUGUCCAUGGUUGCGACGUUCGGCGAGAACUGGCAUCGAUCGAAGGGGCUGCAGGCGCCCACCUACAAGAUCCACGAGGGCUUGGAAGAUGGGACUCUGCCAUUCCACAGUAUUCUCGCCCUCGGAGAGGCUAUCGACGUGCACAGGAAGCUCUACGGUUCGAUGAGAAAAAUCUCGGACCAUGCGUCCUACCUCACGUCUAGACUGUUCCGAGGCUUGGCCUCCCUGCGCCACUCCAACGGCCGGGCGCUCUGUCGCAUCUACAGCGAGAACAGCAACUUUGAUGAUUCGACCAAGCAGGGCUCUGCAAUUGCCUUCAACGUCCUACGGGCAAACGGGCGACACGUCCCGUACUCUGAUGUCGAACGUUCCGCAAACGCGGCAGGGAUCUACAUACGGUCUGGAGGUGUUUGUAAUCCUGGCGGAAUAUUCACAGCCCUCGGUUACGAGCCCUGGAUGACAGAACGCGCCUUAUCUGCAGGCCACCACUGCGGCUCGCAUGGCAUCAGCAUCAUCCACAGACUUCCCACGGGCAUUGUCCGCGCGAGUCUAGGCGCCAUGUCCACCAAACAAGACGUAGACACCUUCCUGAGCUUCCUCCGGACCACCUUCCUCGAGCAGGACGACGACCAGCAGGACUGGGUGACGACCGCUCGGCAGGCCCAUCAUCAUCAGUAUUCUCCGCGCGCGGGGGCGUUCGCGCUAGAUCUCCCCGGCGAGUACACCACCAGCAGCGCGUUCCCCGACGUGCGCGAGGUGCCGCGCCCGCUGCCCAUCCUGCACCACUUCCCCACGGCGCCAGAAGCUACCCCGAGGGUCGCCCCGCUCAACAUGCAUGACCUGGUGCAUGGCCUGGCUGCUGUGAAGUAA